CUACUCUCCACUUCUCGAGUCCUUGGGAUGAUUCUCUUCCAGUUCGCUUCCACAGAUCCAAACAUUUAUAUCACACAUCAACGUCGAACUGACGUUGAGAACGAUAUAAUCGGUCAGGAUGUUACCCGUUAGAUGGUUGGGCAUUGCGUUCUUGCUUGUAUCUGGCUCUUCUGCGUCAAGCUCCUCCUCUGGCAGAUUGGCCAGUGCUUCAACUACAUCUACCAAGGUCUCGAGUCUUGCUUCAAAGACAAGCACUUCAGUUAGACAUGUCAUUUCUGUAUCCACAAGCGUCAAACUAUCGCCCAUUUCAAGUUCAUCAAUAUCCUCAGCAAGCAAACCAAUAUCCAGCAUUUCAAUCAAGCCCAGCAGUCCUUCCAGUUCCUCUACUCUGAAAAGCUCCUCGACCAGCAAGUUUACCGCAAUCUCUACGACCAAACUCAGCAACAAUACAAUUCCCGUCUCAAGCACAACGUCUUCGACCAAAAUCAACACCAUCAUUUCAAGCCUCAAGACCUCAUCAACACCCAAAAGCUCCCUCGCAUCCCUCACGACCUCACCCAAAAUCAGCAGCUCAUCCUCCUCAACCCUCACCACCACCCCAACAGCAACAGCAACCGUCAUCUUCCCCCUCUACAUCUACCCCACUCCCUCCGCUUGGUCCCCCCUCUACACAGCCCUAUCCACAAACCCCAACCUCCACCUCCUCAUAAUAAUCAACCCCUCCUCCGGCCCCGGCCCCGCAAACACCUACCCCGACCCAUCCUAGAUCGCCGCCCUCACCCAACUGCACACCUACCCCAACGCCAUCCCCAUCUGCUACGUGCAUACCAGCUGGGCCACGCGCCCCAUCGUCGACGUAGACGCCGAUAGUAUCACUUGU